UUUGUGGGUAUAUUUAUGAUUGACAUUGGCGUCGUCUCGUAUGUAUCUCUCGUAAAUCAUAAUUUCGUCUUGAAUCCGUCGAAUACAAAAAAGGAAUAAUCACCAUGAACAAUGCAGGGCGCCUCAUCUUCUUUGCUCUUAUCUACAUCCUUUACAUUUGUAUCGGGGCUGGGGUCUUCAUGGCCCUGGAACAGCCAUACGAACAGACCCUGGCCGAAAACAUCAUCAAACGGAGGGAUGGGUUCCUCGAAGCCCACUCGGAGUGCAUGACCGCGCAGGAGCUCGACAAGUUCGUCACCGACAUCGAGCAGGCGUUCCAGUUCGGCGUCUCCUACAAGGUCGCCGUCAACUCCACGGCUAACACCAUGUGGAACUUCGGAGGGUCAUUUUUCUUCACAACAACUCUACUGACAACUAUAGGUUACGGUCACGUGUCACCGCUAACAUGGAGCGGUCAACUCUUCUGUCUAUUUUUUGCUCUGUUUGGUAUUCCUUUUACCUUCUUCUUCCUCGGUACAAUCACAUACGUGGUCAGUAAACCCUCUCAGAUGCUGCUUGACUACCUCACAGAUAAAUUCGACUAUAAAGAAUCGGGUCCCGGCAUCCGGGUGUGUCAUCUCUUCAUCCUCUUCGUUCUCAUCCUCGCCCUCUUCUUCCUCAUCCCGGCCGCCAUCUUUACCACCCUGGAGAAGAGAUGGAACUACUUCGAGAGUUUCUACUUCAUCUUCGUCUCCCUCACCACUGUGGGCCUAGGCGACUUCGUUCCCGUCACCGCCGUCAGGGAAGGUAGCGCCUACGAGAGCACGCGCUCAAUCUACUUCAUUUGUGUAUCACUCUACCUCCUGCUCGGUUUGGGGAUGAUGCUGCUCUUGGUGGAUACCGUCAUCAAGAUUCCGCAGAUCCAGCGGCUCUGGGAGAUGUCCACGCCAGCCUCCUCGACCGCCACCUCAGUCAGCUCCUCCAGGAGCUCCUCCCCGGCCCCGAUCCACCGGGAGCUGCCGGUGAGGAGGAGCUUCGGGAGCAAGAAGAAGUCGGAGGAGGAGAGGGAGCUAACCAAAGAGGCGGCUCCCAUCAGCCGUACCUAUGACGCCAUACAGCAAAAGGGGGACAGGUCAUGAGACGAGGAGGCGGUGGCGUUGGUGCACUCCGCAGAACAUCGGUAGAACAUCAUCAGUGGCAUUAUUGGACGAAACAAAUAUUUAAGGCCUUAAUGUAUAACAGCUCCAGAGAGAAAGACAAAGAGAGAGAGAGAGAGAGAGAGAGAGAGAGAAGGGAAGAGAGGGAAAGAAAGAUAGUAAUAUAUUGAAUUGGAAGAGCGAGUGUCUGUGCCUGUGUGUGUUAUGUGUGCGUGUGCGUGUGCUUGUGCGUCGCGUGUGUGUGUUAGAAAGAGAGAGAAAGAAAGAGAGUGAGUGGGAGAUACAGGUACACAGCUAUGUGUGCGUGAAAAAGCAAAAGGGGUGUGGUUGUUGAUGUGUGGGCGACUGUGUGGGUGUGUAUGUUGAUCGUAGGGGAGGGAAGAGGGAGCUAACUAAAGAAUAUAAUAUAUGGCUUCACCAUGUUAACGGUCUACUGCAGGCACAUGCAAUUCAUAUAUCACACCUGCACUUUUGUAUAGGUCAUUUAAUUUUUAAACAAAAAUCAUUUUUAUAAUCAUCGUCACUAUCACCAUCAUCCAACUUAUCAUUGUCUUCGUCGUUGUCAUCAUCGUUGUCAUCGUCGUUACCACUGACCCCAUGUUCGUUAAACAUCAUCUCAAAUCUAUUGAUCACAAGCAUCGUCUUCAUCACUGCCAACGUCACCGCUGAAAUCUUUAUUGUCAGUUCUUCUUUAGACAAAAUGUAGGAUAGAUUUCCUUGUAUUAGGAUUAUUUUCUCUUUUUAAAAACUAUACCUUGAACGAUUCUUGAGUAGAAACCAAUACAAAAAAAACAUGAUUAAUUUGCGAAUCGAUUAGUACAGUCAAGGUAAAUAAUUGCUUAAAGCUUAAAAGUUUUUAAAAAUGUCGUUUUUCUUUUUUUGGUAAUGGUUUCUUUUGGUGUGUGUGUCGACAUUUAUCUGCCAUGUAAGUCUGUGCAAUAGAACUUCUCGCAAAAGGGGACUUUGGGUUAUUCCUAUUUAAACUUUGCCUACGUACUUUGAUGUGUAUAAGUUUUUAACUCUAAUUCAUAAGGCUAAGAAAGACAGAGAAACUAAGUUGUUCUAAUAUAUUUGUUACAAAUAUAUGGUUAUAUGUUUAGUUUUUUAAAUAAAUAAAUAUAUACAUAUAUAUAAAAACAUUUUCAACAGAAAAAAACUAUAACAAUAUGAGUAUAAGAAAUUUUGAUCUAUCCUCUAAUUUGAAUUCGUUUUUAUUACAAUUUAAUGAUUAAAAAAAAACAGCGAUAUUUGCUCAAAAUCUAAUUUUAACACUGUACACUUUUUAAGAGCCCACUCAAUUUUCCACAUUCUUUCUUCACAAUACAUGCAUUGGGUAUUUGAUUCUUUAAGAUGUCUGUGCACCUUGCUAGUACAUAGUGAUGAGAGAUUAAUUCCUAAGAUGAUACAUCAAGUGUAUUUUUUUUCACUUAUAAAGCAGUUUGAUAUUUUACAAUAUGUUGCCACAGUGAUUUAUAUAUUCACUUUGUGAUUCAAUGCCAAAGAUUGAUCAAAAUAUUGUUCACGUUUUAGUAUAUAUCAAUGUCAGUCAUAUUAUCCCACUUUAAUGGUUAAGUUAGAUGUAUGUCAUUAAUUAAUUAUUUUGCUAUUUUGUUGCUUUUUGGUGUUGCUUAACCCUGCGGGCAUACUUAAAUGCACAAUACGCAAGUCCAAAGGCUUAAAGUAUUGCGAAAUUGUGUCUUUUGUUCAGUCCCAUUCAUUGAUUUUUACAAGAAUUUCCUCACGUAGACACGGCUAGCACCACCACAUACUCAACACGAUAGACAUUCUGAAUAUAAUGAAUGUUUGGAAAGGUUGAUAAUUUUAAUAGAUUAAAAAUCUAAUUUACUUUAUUUCAUUUUAUUUCAUAUUAUCAAGUUUUUAAAAUUGUAGAUAACCUAUUUUUAUUUCAUCUUUUUCUCAUUCAGAUAUUAUCAAAGAUUGGUAGUUAGCUUCUAUGAUAAAAACAUGCAUGUUUGAGAGAAAAGUCGCAAAGUUAUACAUGGAAUACAGAAGUUGUUUUUAAAUAAAUUGAGAUAACAAACAAUUGUGAUCUUUGGCAACAUAGUACCAGUGCAAUAAUAUGUGUUUUCCCUGAACAUUUUCAAUCUACGAACAAUGAUAUGAUGGCAGAUGUCACUGAGCAGAGUAAGAAGAAUAAUUGGCGUCUUGGGAUAAUGCUAAAUGAACACAGCAUCUUCGACCGUCCAAUCCAGGCAUAUUACGUAAUGCAAUAUUACUCAUUUCCAAACAUAUUCAUUUAGAAAAUGUUAGACUCCGUUCAUUUUUGUAGGUUUUUAACCAUUUUUAUCCUUGGUCGUUUUAAUGUUUUGGCUUACUUGUUGGGAAGCCGGGGUUGGGAAGUCUAUUUAUACACCUCAUUUCUAUUUAAAACGGGCUAGUGACGGACGCCCAGGCUUCUUUUACGUAAAUGUUAAUCCCUUGAAAUAAAUUGAAUCCCAAUUCGCUCGAAGCCAGACACACAGGAGUGGAAAUACACUACAGGAAACAAUGGUUAUUUUCUAUUAUAAUAGCGGGUUUUGUAAUUAUAGCAUCGCUCUAUACUAAUUAGUGAAUCUUCGAAAGUGACUAUUGCCCUUGAGCUAGAUACUAUUGUUCGACGAAAUACUAAUGGUGUAAAAAAUUAAAUCUAUGCUAAUUACUAGCAUGUCGGGCAGGAAGUCAAAAGAAAGAGAAAACGCGAGAGCAGUGAUAAUGAUAUACAAUCGGUGAUAUUUGCUUUCGUAUUUAUUUCAAUUUUUCAAGCAAUGUUUUUCAUAAAUUUUUAUUUACAAAAAAAAACUCUUUCCGUGUAAUGAUUGUGACCAUAUUGUUUAAUCUUGAUAGAUAAAGCUGAUAUCUUUUCAGAUUGUUAUUGAUCACUUUUCAUUGAUCAAUAAGGUUCUGAGUAUUAUGUAAUCCAUAUAAUUUUGUACCCAUAUACUUCUAAAAGGUUAAACUAUUUUUGUCAGCUGUGAUAUUGUAACGAUUGUUUCAAUGACGCACAAAUGUCAUUUUAUCAAUGAGAUAUAGAUGGAGAGCAAUUUGUUUUAUUUCAAGUAAAAUUAAACCUAUUUUGGUCAUUAUGAUUGUAGUCUAGAUACGAUGUUGUACUUAUGACAGUGUCUUAUAUAAGGUUUUCGCACGGAAAGACAUUGGUUUGUAUGAAUCAUUGGCGAAGAAAAUAAAUAAAUAUGGAAUGUACAUGCAAUAUGGAUUUGUGAUUUAUGAUAAUGAAAGAGAAAAAAAUAUCAAGAUGAUUUGACAUCCAAGACAAGCAUGGACUCAUUUUUAUUUUUACCAUCUUAAUGCCUGUAUCCUUUGUAUUGGGUCUUUUUAAUAUCAUCCAUCUCUAUGUAACAAAGCUUAAUCUACAGCUUUUACUCAUAAACCUCUUGUCAGGGUUGGGAAUUCUCUGUGUUCAUAAUAUACUGAUAAGAAACGUGUUCGAAAAGAAUCUACCAGUCGAGAAAAAUUCAGGAAUAUAGCAGUGUUUUAUUAACCUACUCGACGCAGUACCUCGACAUACUUAGUUGCGCUUUAUUGUGAACAGAGCAUACCCUACCUCGUGCAAUAGAGUGUGUUUUGCACCUCCCCCCUCGUUUUUCAAAUUUUAACUGUCUUUUUAACCUGUAUUUUGUAGAGUCGUCUCGAUCAAGAACACAGGGUUGUGCAUAAUCUAAUGCAAAGUCUAAAGACCUUGUAUAAUAUUGUUCCAUCAAAAGCUUUUUUUAAAAGUAUAAAUAGUAGUGUAUUACGUUUUGUUGAUUUAUUUUUGUUUGUCUGCGUUGGUUCGUCAAGAGAAUAAUUUUGGCCUAAGCACCAACGGCCCUUUUCCCGACGACAUGUCAACCAUUGUAACUAAAUUGUAACGUACCCUAAAACAGUUGAAAAUAAAUCGUACAAAUAUUUAAACGCUCAUUUUUCCAGGAAAUAAAAAAAGAUUGAAGUAAAAUAAAACAAAGUUGUGUUAUUUAAUUGAAAAAUUGAACAAAUUUAAAUCAUAACAUAAACGGUGUGUAAUCAACAAUACAUUGCAGGUGAAACACAAGACAUGAAAGUAUUUAUCGUAAUUUAAUAACAAUCGACUGUUUUAACUAUUAUUUGCAAUGAAUAUUAUUACAAGCUGUACUUUAUGCCUUACUUUGAUAAUUUUUUGCCGGUGUUUGUUCGAUAUUUUGUAGACAGAAUGUGCAAUAUUUAUUCCUCUUUUAUCUGUUGUUAAUAUUUCACCUUCGGCAUUUUGCUAUUUGGCUUUUUAGUUUGUACUUUUUUUUCUUCUUCGUGUUUUGGGAUAUUUUCAGUAUAAAUUGAUAUUAUUACUGAUAAAAGGCUGGCGUAUUAGCUGCUGGAAUACAUUGAAUAAAAUAUAUAUAUAUAUGACACAGUA